AUGGCUCUUCGUUCAUCUUAUACGUAUCCGUUUCAUGGAAUAUUUUAUUUAAUAACUCAUCCAUCAUUAUGGAGACAGAUAUCUUGUGGUCUAAUUAUAAUGCUAAUAGGAUCAAUAAUUGCAUCAAUAUUAUUAUUUGUAUUUGCUUUUCCUAGUCAAGCACAUGGUUUAUCAUCACAUAUGGCUGAAUGGAUAUCAUGGGUAUUAAGUUUUUUUUUAACAUUAAUUGAAAUAGCCAUUUCAGUUCUUGUAUUUUCUUCAUUAUUUCUUGCAUAUUAUAUGGAAAUUAUAUUUGAUGCUGUUUGGCGUCAAGAAACAAUGGGAAUAAAUGAAAUUCAAAGAGAAAGAUUAUUAUCAAGAACAUAUUCUUUUAUUAAAUCAUUUUUAAUAUUAAUUAUAGUUCGUGUUAUUCUUAUUGUAAUAACAUCUCCAUUAAAUUUAAUUCCAAUUCUUGGAACAAUUCUUUAUAUAUAUAUAAAUGGAUAUUAUUAUGCAUGGUCAUUACAUUGUCGUUAUUUUGAUUUACUUGGUUUAACUUUUUCACAAGGAAAACAUUUUGUUGAAGAAAAUCGAUCAGAUUAUACAAAUUUUGGUGUAGUCGGUUUAUUAUUAGAAAUGAUUCCAUUAUUAAAUUUAGUAACACCAAUAACAAAUGUUAUUGGAAGUUCACUUUGGGCUUGUGAUAUUGAAAGAUAUAAAGAACCAUUAAGACAUCCAAGAAGUUAUUUAUUAGCACCAAGUUCAAGCUUAAUUGAACAAGAACAAACUAGUUAUGGAGCUACAAAUAUUGAAAAAGGACAAAUUCCUCCGCCACCAACUUAUCAAGAUGUUAUACAAAGUAAUAUGUAUCCAUCGGCUCCACCAAUUGAAAAACAAUAA